AAUUCCGGUUCCUCGCCAGGCAGCUCUUUUGUCCUUCGCUUAGGUCACUUCUUCCCUAUGAUACUCCAAACGCAAGCUCCAGACCGACUCGCGGCGCCAUCGACUCGGCUGCCUGCUAUCGCGCGCAUUUCUCGAGAAACGCCCGGAGAACUUUCCAACUGCGUCGCAUAUCUACGCAAGAUCUACAAUCCACAAGUUAGAGGGUCCUCUCGUAUACGCGAAUCCGUUCUGGACGAGGUGCGCGUCAAAUUCACAGCGGACAUAUCAAUAUCGGACGACGUCGAGGCGGCAGACGAGCUUCGCGCAGACGCAUUCGAACGGUCCUACUCUCUACGAUGGCUCAGCGCGCUAGUAGCACAUCUCAGCUGCCUGGAAGAGGUCCCGGAGAAGACCCUCGACGAUGCGACGUCGCUCAUCGCACUCUGCGCAGGGCCCGCGUCUGCUGGUAUCCUCACGCGCGACUUCUCCUUCCCGGCCACGCACCCGAAAUUAGCACCGUCCAUCGACGUGCGCCUUACGGACAUCCCGCUCGACAAUCACGACUUUCACAGCGUCGGCGCACAGACGUGGGGCGGAGCGUGCGUGCUGGCAGAGGCCAUUGCAGAGGACCCUGCAAGUUUCGGGUUCACCCUCGACGCGCCUCGCGGCCUGCGCGUGCUCGAGCUAGGGGCGGGGACGGGCCUCGUAGGCAUCGCGGCGGGGAAGGUGGUGCAGGCAUUGGGCAUGAAUGACGCGCGCCUUGUCGCGACGGACUUCUACGACUCCGUCUUGCAAAAUCUUGCCUCAAAUAUCCGCUCGAACUUCCCAGCGGACGGCGACAGCGGAGUGACAUUUGAGUGUCACAGGUUAGACUGGGAGGCCUUCCCGCGGGAGACGGUACAACCAGCGCCCCUCGACGAGCCAUUCGAUGUCGUCCUCGGUGCAGACAUCGUCUACGAGGCCGAGCACGCGACUUGGAUCAAGAACUGCCUGGAGAGGCUCUUGCGCAAGCCGACAUGGCCGUCCGAGCACACGACGCCGCCGCCAACCUUCCACCUCGUCAUUCCACUUCGCCCUACGUUCGACAACGAAUCGAGCACCAUUGAAUCGGUAUUCCCGACCGCGCUACAAGCAUCGGGAUCCGUGGACGUGUCGAUUGCAUCGUCGUCGCCCGAGCUCGCGAUCAAGUCGAAGGAGCUGAUUAUGUGCGAUGCUGGAAGCGGGGUCAAGGGAGAGAUUGUGCGGUACGCUUACUACCGGAUCGGCUGGAACCUGAGCUAGCAUUUAUUGGACAGGACUUUGGUAUAGAUGUUAUAGAUGGGUACAAAUGUUCAUAGAGCAUAGACGGGAUGGAUUGUAGACGCAUCAUGGAUCUGUGUAGAGCUUUCUUUUGGAACGAGCAUUUUGUCGUGUUGAUGAUUGUAUAGAGGCACUAGAGUACAUACAAAGGGUUUCAUCUCUCCAUUCCUACAUCUACAUUACUGCCUUGUAUAGCAGUACAGUGAUCGGACAAGAAUAUUGUGAGCGCGUGUGAGG